GGUUAGUAGUGGCGAAGGCGGCUAUAUCGGCAGCAUGAAGCGGACCCCGACGGCCGAGGAACGAGAGCGCGAAGCUAAGAAACUGAGGCUUCUUGAAGAGCUUGAAGACACAUGGCUUCCCUACCUGACCCCCAAAGACGAUGAAUUCUAUCAGCAGUGGCAACUGAAAUAUCCUAAACUGAUUCUCCGAGAAGCUGCCAGCGUGCCCGAGUUGCUCCAUAAAGAGGUUCAACAGGCCUUUCUCACACUGCACAAGCAUGGCUGUUUAUUUCGUGAUCUGGUGAGGAUCCAGGGCAAAGACUUGCUCACUCCAGUCUCUCGCAUCCUCAUCGGUAACCCUGGCUGCACCUACAAGUACCUGAACACCAGGCUCUUCACGGUACCCUGGCCUGUGAAAGGCUCUGAUGCAAAGUACAAUGAGGCCGAAAUAGCUGUCGCCUGUCAAACCUUCCUCAAGCUCAACAGUUACCUGCAGGUAGAGACCAUCCAGGCUUUGGAAGAGCUUGCUGCCAAGGAGAAAGCCAACAUCGAUGCUGUGCCAGUGUGCAUAGGUCCAGAUUUCCCCAGGGUUGGCAUGGGGUCCUCCUUUGAUGGGCACGAUGAGAUUGACAUGAAGAACCGAGCAGCGUAUAACGUCACUUUGUUGAAUUUCAUGGAUCCCCAGAAAAUGCCAUACCUGAAAGAGGAACCAUAUUUCGGCAUGGGGAAAAUGGCCGUGAGCUGGCAUCAUGAUGAAAAUCUGGUGGACAGGUCAGCGGUGGCAGUGUACAGUUAUAGCUGUGAAGGCCCUGAAGAGGAAAGUGAGGAUGACCCUCAGCUUGAAGGCAGAGAUCCUGAUAUUUGGCACGUUGGUUUUAAGAUCUCCUGGGACAUAGAGACACCUGGGUUGGCGAUACCCCUUCACCAAGGAGACUGCUAUUUUAUGCUUGAUGAUCUCAAUGCCACCCACCAACACUGUGUUUUGGCUGGUUUACCACCUCGCUUUAGUUCCACCCACCGAGUGGCAGAGUGCUCGACGGGGACCUUGGAAUACAUCUUACAGCGCUGCCAGGUGGCCCUGCAGAAUGUCCGCGAAGAGGCAGACAACGGUGAAAUCUCUUUGAAAUCCUUGGAGUCAGUGGUUUUGAAACAAGGAGAAGAGAUCCACAACGAGGUCGAGUUUGAAUGGCUGAGACAGUUCUGGUUUCAAGGCAGUCGAUACAAAAAGUGCACUGACUGGUGGUGUCAGCCCAUGAGUCAGCUGGAAGAGAUGUGGAGAAAGAUGGAGUGGUUGACAAGCGCUGUGCUUCGUGAAGUUAGAAGAGAGGGGGUCCCCAUGGAACAAAAGAAUGAGAUGUUGACGUCCAUCCUCGCCUCGAUCACCACCCGCCAGAACCUGAGGAGAGAAUGGCAUGCCAGGUGCCAGUCUCGAAUUGCCCGGACUUUACCCGCUGAUCAGAAGCCAGAGUGCCGGCCAUACUGGGAAAAGGGUGAUCCUUCGAUGCCUCUGCCAUUCGACCUCACAGAGAUCGUUUCUGAACUCAGAGGUCUGCUUCUGGAGACCAGGCCCUAGAGACAGAGCACAGCUCUCAGGUGGAGGAGGAAGGCUCUUUUCAGUUCUUCUUCUCCACCCCUCUCAUGGGCUUAGGCGAGGGCAGUGUGGGGUAGACUUGGCCUUGAGAUUGUAGAAACUGUUGAGAUGAUAGAGAAUGGCCUUGGAGAUUGUUUCUAGUUGGGAGCAAUUAGGGAGUG